AUGCUUGGCUCGUCAAGCAAGUUCAUUGCAGCGGCACUCGCCGUCGGUGCCAUUUCGCUCGUCCCCACCGUAUCUGCCGCCAAUUGGACCCGAACCUCCUCCAUCCGUGGCAACGACUUUUUCUCCAAUUUCGAAUGGUUCACCGAUAAAGACCCAACCAACGGUCUCGUCAACUAUCAGUCCCAGAGCAAUGCUCAAUCUCAAAACCUCUCUUUCGUCGAUGGUGACGGUCACUUUGUGAUGGCCGUUUCCACCACACCUGUCGCUCUCGAAGGUCGCAAUAGCGUGCGCAUCACCUCAAAGCAAAGCUACUCGGACGGAGUCUACAUCCUGAACGUGACCCACGUACCCAUCGGUUGCGCUACAUGGCCAGCCUUCUGGACUGCCACCAAAAACCUCGACAGCUGGCCCAUCGGAGGCGAAAUCGACAUCAUGGAAAACGCCAACAACGAAUACAAAGCCAACCUCGUCUCCGCCCACACCAGCUCCUCCUGCACCACACCCACCUCAAUCUCCGACGCCACCGGCACAGUCGCUUACACCAACUGUUCCGCCUAUGCCCCUUCCAACCCGGGCUGUCGAGUCGAAAUGAACGGCACCUCCACUCCAACAUGGGGCACCUCCCUCAACCGCGCUGGAGGAGGAAUCAUCGCAAUGGAGCGAUCCUUCGGAACCACCGGCAAAGGUGUUCGCGUUUGGUACUUCCCCAACAACUCCCCCUCCACUCUCCCCUCCGAUCUCAAACGAAGCAGUUCAAGCGUAAACACGGAUAACUGGCCCACACCAAACGCUUACCUCCCCAUCAGCUCGUGUUAUGCGGACUUUGCAGCACAUAAGAUCAUCUUCGAUAUUACUCUCUGCGGCGAUUGGGCAGGCAACACUUACAACCAGAGUGGAUGUAACGCGCAAUACCCCGCUUGCAGUUAUCAGGUGGGCUAUAAUGGAAGUAGCUUCAAUCAGAGUUAUUGGGAGGUGGAAUCGUUGAGGUUGUUCACAGAGGGUGGGAGCACAGCGAAUGCGAAAAACUCGCCUCAGACGGCGUCUAGUCAGAAGAGCACUCAGUCGGGCGCAAUGUCGUUGGUAACUUCGGGAAGCUCGAAGGUCUUAGCGUUGGUGUUAGCGGUGGUUGCCUCGGUGGCGUUUGUUGCUGCUUUGUAG